AUGAUAGGACAGACUAGAGCUCAAGCAGUGACGUCGACGAUCAAAGCUUAUUUAUCACUAUCAAAUAUUAUUAUUAAGUACAUAUUUGGGAAAUAUUUAACUCAGUCAUACGCUAAUUUAAGAAUGAAAGGAGAAUUAACGUCGCAAGAAUGUCAGUUAUUUGAAGCUGCACAUUAUGAUAAAUUAAAUACAUUAAAACGUUUAAUAGAAAUUUUAUGUACAAACAUAAAUAUUCGUCAUCCAUUAGGUUGGACCCCAUUACAUGUUGCUGUUGUUAAUCAAAACUUAGAAUCAGUCAAAUAUUUAUUGUUAAAAGGUGCAGAUCCCAAUUUACCGGGUGAAUAUAUAAAUGCAAAUGAAACGGCUAAAUCAGUUUGGUAUUUGUUAAAAGAACAAGUACAAACUGCGCGUGAAGAAGAAUUUUGUGAUCGUUUACCAUCAUCUUCACGUUUUACAACAUUUAAAGGUUUUACAUGUUUACAUUACGCUGUUUUAAAUGGUAGCCUAUCGAUUAUUCGUGUAUUACUGGAUAAUAAUGCGAACCCAUUAUUAAAAACUGUGGAAGGACAUUUACCAUCAGCUUUUGCAUCAGGAAAAGCCGGAUGUAAAAAUUUAUUAUUGGAAUACGAAGAAAAGGAAAGAAAACUUGUUGAAGAACGCAUAAAAUCUGAUCGUCCUAAAUUGUCAUUAGAAAUACGUCUAAAAGAAAAUAUUAUUGGACAAAAUUAUGCUGUAUCCACAGUUUGCGGUGGUAAAACCGAAUUAGCAAAACAAAUUGCCCAUUAUUCAAAUAAUGCUAAUAAUAAAAACAGUCAAAAUUCUUUUAUACGUGUUGAUAUGUCUGAAUAUCAAGAAAAGCACGCAAUAUCAAAAUUAAUUGGAUCAUCACCUGGAUAUGUUGGCUAUCAGGAACGUGGACAACUGACUGAAUCAUUAAUAAAAUGUCCAACAGCUGUUGUACUAUUCGAUGAAGUUGAUAAAGCACAUACAGAUAUCUUGACAAUUAUGUUACAAUUAUUUGAUGAAGGACGUCUUACAGAUAAUAACGGUACAACAGUUGAUGGUAAACAAGCUAUCUAUGUUAUGACAUCAAAUUUAGCUUCGGAAGAAAUUGUUCAGUAUACACAAGAAUUAAGACAAAGAGAAGAAGAAGAAAUAAAAUUAAAACAACAACAACAGAAUUUAACAUCAGCAACUAGUGAUGAUCACAAUGAUCACCAACAAUACAUUACAGUAUCAAAUCAAUUUAAAGAUAAAGUUGUUAGACCAAUUUUAAAGGAACAUUUUCGUCGUGAUGAAUUUUUAGGGCGUAUAAAUGAAAUUGUUUAUUUUUUACCAUUUUCAAAAUUGGAAAUUAAUAAAUUAUUACUAAAAGAAUUAGAAUUUUGGAAACAAUGUGCAAAAGAAAAACAUAAUAUUGAUAUCAUAUGGGAUCGUCAAGCAUUGGAUUGUUUAGCUGAAGCUUACGAUAUUAAUUAUGGUGCACGUUCAAUAAAACAUGAAAUUGAACGUAGUGUUGUUAAUCAGUUAGCUUCUGCAGAUGAACAAGAUUUAAUUGUAUCUGGUAAUAAAGUUUUAUUAACUACCACAACAAUUGAAGAAGCCGAUUAUUUGGUUCAUUCUGCACAACAACAACAAUACCCAAAAAUAUUUAAUAAGAUUAAAUUACAAAAGCUAGAGGAGAUAACAAUAUCAGCAACCUCAUCAAAACGUAAAAGGAGCAGUAGAGAUAACAAUAACAAUAAUAAUGCGAUAGAAUAUAUUGAUAUAAAACUAGAUGCUCAUUUAAGAGAACAUUAA